AUAACCAGGCUGCGCAGGCUGCAAUGUGUGCCAAUCCGUCUACGAGUCAGAGAAGAAGAAGAGGAAGAGGAGGAGGAGAGCGGCUGGGACUGUCAGUGCUGUGUGCAGAAUGAUUCAGAUUUUGGAGCCACGAUCUCUUCCACGGUCUAUUAUGCCUGUUGAUGUUGCUGUAAGGAUAUGCUUAGCACAUUCUCCUCCUCUAAAGAAGUUUCUCAGCCCCUAUGAUGACUGCAGAGGCCGGAAUCUUGUCAAUCGCUUUAAGCCACUAAGGCCAUGCAUUUCUUUAAAAAAGGAAUCCAACACUAGGAACGGUGAGUGGAACCGAUCGAAAUCCAGAGGCAAAAAGAAAGUGGUCUUUGCUGACUCCAAGGGGCUCUCGUUGACAUCUGUGCACGUUUUCUCAGAGUUUAAGGAAGAGCCUGAAACUGACCUCCAGUUUGAUCUGAUUGAUCUUGAAGGCAUCACAGCCAGCCUAAAACUACAUGAAGAGAAGAACUUGAUCCUGGGAUUCACGCAACCCUCAGCUGAUUAUUUGCAGUUCCGUAAUAAAAUCCUAAAGAAUUUAAUUUGUUUGGAAAACUGCUGUCUUCAGGAGAGAUCCAUUUCGGGAACCAUCAAAGUAAAGAAUCUGAGCUAUGAAAAAGAAGUCAAGGUGCGAGUAACCUUUAACACCUGGAAAACCUACACAGAUUUUAACUGUGUCUACAUGAACAAUGUGUAUGGAGGCACAGACUGCGACACCUUCUCUUUUGCAAUAGAUAUUCCUCCCAGCAUUCCCAGCCAUGAGAAGAUUGAGUUCUGCCUGUCCUAUGAAUGCAAUGGCCAAGUGUUUUGGGAUAACAAUGAUGGACAAAACUACACUAUAGUCCAUGCAGAAUGGAAAUCCGAUGGUGUGCAGAUCCAUUCACUUAUAAAAACUGACCUAACCUCUUACAAAUUACUAAACCACAAACCUGAAAAUGACUUCGAUCAAUUUGGAACACCCAAAACAUCCAUGGGUCUCUUUCCUGAGUGGCAAAGUUGGGGUAAAAUAGGGAACACCUCGCCUUACUGGUGAAAAUCCUUGGCCAUCGUUCUUAAUUCUCGAAAGAAUCUCGAUGUCCUUGGGCACAAAGAGCCUAUAAUACGUAAAUGCUACAUGUUAUGUAAUGGCAUCAAGGCAAAACAAGAUUACGUAUUUCGAGCGUGAAAAUAAUUGAGGCAGCAAGCUUUCCUCUUAAACAAAUUGUAAAGGUCCAAAGCACCUACAAAUCCAGGAUAAGCCUGCAUUAGAAAAGAGCACAUGUGCCUAUCAACUACCAACUCAAUUGAUGCCAUUAAAAGCCUAUAUAUAUCUAACAAAUCUAAGAGUAGAGUGUUAGAGAGAUAGAGUUUUAUGAACUGUAUAAAAACACAAACAGAGGGUGUUUAAGAAAGCGCAAUAGUAUGAGUUAAGGUUAAAUAAACAUGAAAGGAGGGUGAAGUAUACAAUUCUAUACAAUCCACGAGGAUAGGUUUUAGAGCUGACCCUUAAGUGUACAAAUGGUUGCGGAAAGUUCAGUUUUCUGGAGCAUCAAGUGUGAAUUCCAUCUACAUUAGAUAAGCACAAUUCCUAAACACUACAACAUUUGAUGGUUAUUUAAAGAUGCUUAAUCAGCGAGCAAAUAGCUAAGCUACCCGUGCUCACCUGAAGAUGUAGCUUCUUUGUAGUGGUAACUAGUGGCUAGAUGUUUUACUCUUCAGUCUCUUGCAUUUCUGAUAAUUUAAUUAUCUUCGAACAAGUGCCUUUCAAUAAUGCCAAAAAAAUGAAAAAUGCAGAACUGAGGGUUGUACACUAG